CUCAGAGCCUCAGCCAUGCCCACUCUCGCCCUGUGCCUAUUAUGCGUCCUGGCCACGGCAGCCCAGCCUGCCCCUGCAGCUCCCGUUAGGGGCCUGGAGCUGGCUGAACACGAGGAGCUGACCCUCCUCUUCCACGGGGCCCUGCAGCUGGGUCAGGCCCUCAACGGUGUGUACAGGGCCACGGAGGCACGGCUGACAAAGGCUGGGCACAGCCUGGGCCUCUAUGGCCGUGCGCUGGGCCUUCUGGGGCAGGAGGUCAGCCGGGGCCGGGAUGCAGCCCAGGAGCUACGCACAAGCCUGCUGGAGAUGCAGAUGGAGGAGGAUACCCUAAAGCAGCAAGCAGAGGCCACGGCCCGGGCACUAGGGGAGGUGGCCCAGGGACAGCAGGUGCUACGGGAGAGCAUGCAGCAGCUGGAAGUCCGGCUGAGAGGCGCUUGGCUGGGCCAUGCCCAGCAGGAAUUUGAGGCUUUAAAGGCCCAUGCAGACAAGCAGAGCCACAUCAUAUGGGCGCUCACAGGCCACGUGCAGCAACAGAGGCGGGAGAUGGUGGCCCAGCAGCAUCGACUACGACAGAUCCAGGAGAGACUCCAUACAGCGGCACUCCCAGCUUGAAUCUGCCUGGGGUGUGGAACUGAGGACCAGUCUACACUGAGGGACGCUGCCAUGGCCAUGGCCCCCACACAAGGAGGAGCUGCCUGCCCUGUGGGGUCGCCGGGGCGCUGGGUCCUGCUUCUGGCCAUGGAGAAGAGACAGAAGCAGGUGGGGACACAGGCAGAGGACAUGGCGCUGUUGAGGAGACGGGGGCAGGACAUGGGACCCUUCCCAUGUAUACACCCCUCCAUUAAAGCGGAGUAGAUACGGCUGUCUGAGUGUCUGGGAGAAACGGUACCUUGCUCUGUGAGAUGCCAUGACUAGCCCCCAUUCAAAUGCCCAGCUGGGCCUCAGGGGCUGUACC